AUGACCAAACCAAAACUUAUGAGAAAAAAAAUGUUAGAAGAAUGUGAUGUUUAUAUUUAUGAUUUGAAUUUUUCAGAAAUUGAUGAUGUAUUGUUUGGAGCAAACAUAUUACACAAAGCUAAUUUAGAAGAAUAAAAAACUUUUAUUUUGAUUUCUGACGUAAUGGUAUGGAAUGAAACUCCAAAAAAAAUAAAAGAAAAAACUUCUGUAGUCCAAGAAGAUGUUGAAAAUCCAGAUGGAUAAGCAGAAAAUGAAUAAUAAGAAUAAAAUUUAGAUAAAAGCAAUUAAGAAGAUUAAGAAAAUUAUGAAAAUUAUGAAAAUUAAGAAAAUUAAAAUGAAGUAAAUAAAAAUGAAAAUUAGAUUGACGAAGAAGUAGAAGAGCCAAUAGAAUAUACUUUUUUUAAAGAAUCAGACUAUAAAUUGAGAUAAUGUUCAGAAAAAUAUAUCAAAAUGAAAAGAAUGGAAGACUUAAUCUUAUCUUUGAAAAAAGAAAAUCUCAAAAUAAUCGUGAUUUGUUCAGGAAUUCUAUAUGGCUUAGGAGAGUUGGCCUUUAAAAAUCAUUUCAAAGCUUCAUGGUUAUAAAAUCCCGAAUAUUUGCCUUAUUUAGGUGAUGGAUAGAACCUAAUUCCGACAAUACAUAUAAACGAUUUGGCUAAAUUUGUAAUAAAAGUUGCUGAAAAUCCACCUGAAAAUAAUUAUUUAUUCGCUAUUGACAAAACUUAAGAUAAAAGAUAGUAAAAUAUUAUUUAAAAUAUUUCAAACGGUGUCGGUUCAAAGAAAAUAACUUCAGUUGAAAAAUCAGAUCUUAUUGAUGAAAAUAUGGUUGAUAUUUUUAAUUUAAAUGUUGACAUGUCACCUUCGCCACUUCUCGUAGGUGAUGAAGAAAAUCCUAGUGACUUUUAAUGGACUUGCUAAAAAGGGUUAGAUGAUCCAGUUAAUGUUUAAAAAGUUUUAAAAGAAUUUUGCGCUUUUCAUAAAUUGAGGCCUAUUAAAAUUAUUGCAAAUACACCAAGUAAUGAAAGAAUUGAUAAAAAUUCUAAAUUUGAUUGGGCCAUCAAAGAAGUAUCUGAACAUUACAGAAUACCUAUAAUAAAAGUACAUGAUAUUAUUAAUGAACUAGAAUAAAAAACAGAAAUUGAUGAUACAUUAUAUAGCGAUAUAAAAGAAGAAGCACAAAAUAUAAGAGAUUAUUUAAAUAACCCUAAAGAAUAAAAACUUAAUGAAACUUUAAAAGUCUUAUAUAGAGCUGUAAAAUGGCGAUUAAAUUAAAAUGAUUGUUUAAAUAGAGGUUAUAUUUUAGAUAAUUAUCCGAUUUUCGGAGAAGAAUGCAAUUACAUAUUUUAUCCUUAAAAAAAACAACUUGAUAGAAUUAGACCGAAACCAAAAAAAUAAAAAAAGAAAAAAUAAUAAGAUGAAAAUGAAAAUGAAGAAAAGCCAGAAGAUGCAAACGAAAAUUCUCCUAAUCAUGAAAAUAAAGACGAAUAUAAUGAAGAAUAAAGCAACGAAUAAUAAGCGUAAGAAUAACCACCUGAAGAAUAAGAAGAAGAAGAAGAACCUCCAGCUGAAGAAGAAUAACCUCCAGAGGAAGAAGAAGAAGAUCCUGACAAUCCAAAGCCUAAAAUAGAGCCUUACUAUCCUGAAUCUGUGAUAUUUAUUAAAAAAAUAUUUACAGAAGAUAAAAAUAAAAAUGAAAAUCCAAAUUGUUAGUUAGUUGAAUAUUUUUCAAAUAAAAAAUUAGAAACAUACAUAUUUGAUACAAGAGAAAAGGAAAAUUUCGAAAUCUUCGAAUGUUUAAGAAUUUUCAUUGAAAGAGAAAGAAGACCUUAUAAUUAUUUAAUUGAAGAAGAAGAAUUAAAGCAUAGGCAUAAUUAAUUUUAUAAAAUUAAAAAUGAAAAUAUUGAAAAAUCUAAACACGAUAAAUAAGAACAAUUGGAAAAAAACUUAUCAAACUUAAAAGAUUAAAAAAAUAAUCUCGCAAAAGAAUAAUUAGAAUAUGUUUCUAAAAAUGAAGGAGAACUUGAUAUCAUUAAAAAUAUUCCUUUCAGAAAUUAUCUUAUGGAUUAUAUUGUACCCGAGUUAAAUGAAGGUUUAUUAGAAGUUAGUAAAAUGCUUCCGGAUGAUCCUGUGGAAUUUUUAGCUGAAUAUUUAUACAAAUAAAGUUAUGAAUGA